CAUAUGACUUUGCAAGAUAUAGCAAAUAUUUAUAGUUAUACUGUGUCAGACUUAAUUAAAGAACAGAUAUAAACUAUGCUAAGGUUAACGCUUUACAGCAUCUGCGCGGCGGUUUUGGUUACUGCUAUAUCAUACCGUGAUUGUGUUCCUGCUGAAGAUAAGAAAUCGCAAGUGAUAUUCGUCAGUAAUUUGGCAUGGGUUCCUGAAAAACUAACAUUUCCUGGAAAUCUCAGCGUAUCGGUGAAUUUAACUUUCAAUCGUAACGUAAGCAAACCUAUUAUUGACUUCGAACUGACCAGAUAUUUAUUUGGCUUUCCGUUGAAGCUUCCCUGCAGAGAUAGUACAGUUGUGGGAACAUGUAAUAACAUUAACAUCUGCUGGUUGUUUAACCGUUCGCUACAUGACCAUGAUCCAAAAAAUUACAACAGCUAUGGUCAUAAGUUAGAGAGGAUGAUGAACAAGACGUCUGGACAUUUCUGGGAGUGUCCGAUUAAAGCAGAAAAUGUUGUUGUGGAAAAUGAACCUUUCGAAUUGACCGAACUUUCUAGCAUUGUCCAUCUUCUAGCAGAUGGUGACUACACAAUAAAGGUAAUGGCCAAAGAGAACAAAACGGGACCGAUCAUCGGAUGUAUUGAGGUCAAUGCGACAAUCACUGGCUCUGGACCGGGGUCUUCUAGUAUUUUCGGAUAAUUGUACAUCAGUCAAUAUGACAGUCGAUUUUCCUUGUUGCAUAUAAGUGCAAAAAAUCAAAUUUAAUGCAUACGAUUAAAAUAUGUCAUAAACAUAUAAA